AUGCACGAGUCGUGCCCCCUCCCCUUGCCAGGGCCCAACCUCCGGCAGCUCCCCCGCCGGUCCGCGCCGCCGCCGCGCGCCGCCGUCGCAGCCUGGGCGACCCGCGGCCAGCAGGAGCCAGCUCUGGCCGAGGCAACCUUGCAUUUUCCUCCCCGCGCCGCCACCGCCCGGGACCACGUCGGGGACCUUCCUCGAGACCCUCCGGCACCUCCGCGUCCGGCCGGAGUGGUCGCCGCCGCCGCUGCGCGGCUAGGGCGUCGCCGCGGCUACCCUCUGGCAGAACUGAGUUCGGGCGGCCGAGCUUGGGUCGUGGGCCAUCACUGCCGUCGCUGCCGCAUCCCUUCUCCUCCUCCGACCUCAGGUGACUUCUCGCCGCCGCACCGAGGUGCCCCGAUCGCCGCCGAGGCCGGCGCGGAAACCCGAGCCCGAGCGCGGCUCAUGCGGGCUUGUGUUGCACCGCCGCCGCCACCGCCGCCUCUCGCCGCCGGGCGGCGCGAGCACUGGCCCUCCCUGGCCUACCGCACUCGCCCUCUGCCGGCGCGGUCGCCGCCGAAGCCUCCGCCGGCCGAGCUUGGGGCCGAGCUCCCCUUCACCUCGUACGGCUAG